GAGGGACUGAAAAUAUUCAACCGCAGUACGGUGAUCCAAGAAGUUCCACCUCUAACUGCACUACAAUAGAUGACAAACUUGUUGAUGUUAGUGUGAUCUCACUAAAUUAAAAUCGUUUGUAUGCAACAAAUUGGAGCAAAUGGAACAAACUCAACUUGUACAUAAUAAGGCCAUUAUGGCAGCUCUUGCGGAGCAGAAAAUUAUUGCACAAAAGUUGAUUCGCCAGGCGUCAGUGGGGGCACCAAUUGCAGGCUUAUUUCCGCUAACAACUGAAGAGAGCCUCAAGGCGAUAGAGGAAAAGAUACUUCCGGAGAAUCGCGAGAUUUUUGUUUCCACCAUUAAGAGACUGCUUCAGCAAAGUGCUACACGAAAUUUAAAAAACAUAUCAGACGAUUCAAUUGUUCUAAACCAUAAUUUAGACGGGACACACGGAAAAAAAGACUCAAAACAUACGAGAAAUUCUAUGCUGCUCUUCUGGAGCUUGCCUUAAAUCAACAUAUUUAGUAUAAGUAGUGUGAUCUCUACUGCAACCAAAACUAUUUCAUAUGUAUAACGAUUUUAUAAAAAAGAUAUAACCAAGAAUUUACUUUAAAAAAACAUGAAUUGAAGUGAACGAAAGACUAAAUUAAAUCAUAAUUUGCUUCAAUAUGUUGUACAUACAUACAUAUGUAUUUCGAUCGCUACUAUAAACAAAACUUUCAUGGAACAAUUUUAUAAAAACGAUAUAAAAAUGAAUUUUCUUUAAAAAAUAUGAGUGCAAAUGAACGAAAGACUAAAUUAAAUCAUAAUUUGCUUCAAUAGUUUAUACAUACAUACACAUGUAUUUCGAUCUCUACUAUAAACAAAACUGUUUCAUGUAACAAUUUUAUAA